AUGAAUCAUUUACAAGAGGAUGAUGGAACUUCCGAAUAUAAUAGUAAUAAAUCUAGAAAACGUGCUUUUGAAGAAGUUAAUCACGAUAAAUAUAAUACUGAAGAUAAUAAACAAUAUUAUAAUGAUUUACCAGAAAAUGAUUCUUCAGAUGAUGUAGAUACUCACUAUUCAUCAUCACUUACAUCAUCACCUACAUUUGGUUCUCUUAUAUGUAAUGAAGAAAUAGAACUUGAAACAUAUAAUGAUAUAAGAUCAAAUAAUUCAUUAAUUCAACCAACGCAAUCAACUGAUAGAAAUAAUAUAUUUCAUAAUUUAUAUAAAAAUUUUCAUAAUCAAAAAAAAGAAUUACCAUUUGAAAGUGUCAUGUUACGUCAAACAAAUACAGUUUUUGGAAAUUUUGAAUAUAUAUUAAAUUAUGAUAAGAAAAGUAAAGAUUAUCAAAAAAAACUUAGAGAAAAAUAUCCUCAUGAACUUUAUAGAUAUGGUCAAGCACAUGAAGUUGUUGAUUUAUUAUAUCUUAAAAGUCGUAUAUAUCCAAGUAUUGAAGCACAAUUAUUACCAGAUGACAAAAAAUUAUAUGGUAAAUAUCGUUUAGCAAUAUUAGAAUGGUUACAAGAAAUAUGUUAUGAAGAACAGAUAUCAAGAGUUACUUAUAAUUCAGCUAUUAAUAUUAUGGAUAGAUUUAUGGCAGAGAAUAUUGUUAAUCCACGAUACUAUCAAUUAAUAAGUGCUGCAGCUUUAGGAAUAUCAGCAAAAAUGGAAGAAAUUUAUCCAAUAUCAUUUACAAAAAUUAUUGAAUAUACUAAUGGUGCAUAUUGUUUAGGACAAUUAAAAAAAGCAGAAAUUGCUAUUGUAAAUGAUUUAGAAUUUGCUAUAAAUCCCGUAACAUGUUAUACAUUUUUAAGAUAUUUUCACUUAAAACUUCAAGAUGAGUAUGAUGAACCAUUUGAUAAUGAAGAUUUAACUUCAUCAUCUAUCAAAUUUGAUAAUAAUUCAACACAAAAUGUUGUGAAAGAUUUAGCUAUAAAAGAAACUAAUGUUACUUCUUAUGAAUAUUUUUAUAGUGAAAAACCAAGACAAUUUUCAGCGGAGAUUGGAGAAUUUUAUAUUCGCACAAUGGCUAUACAUGAUUUUAUUUUUAUAACAGAUAACUCUUCUUUUUUUAGUCCAUCUAAACUUGCAGCAGCUAUUGUUUAUUCACAAAUUCCUAAUAAUGAUGUUAAUUUAUCUAAUUUAGUUGGUUAUAAAAGAGAUGAAAUUUUAGAAGAAUUAAAUUAUGUUAUACCAUUUGAAAAUAAUUCAAAUGAAAUUGAAUUAGAUUAUAAAGAACAAAUAUCAUUAUUAUCAGAAACAAAAAAUGGAUUUAAAAAAUAUGACAUUCAAACAGCAUCUCCAUCAUUUAGGACAAUUUUGGAUGAAAAUGAAAAGUUAAGGGAACAUAUCAUUAGAUAUAAUCAAAAGAUAAAAUCUUUACCAUUGAAAAUAUAA